UAGAUGGCAGUAUUAGUAUUUUUUGCAACAAGGACUUCGAGCCACGCUUCACGCAACCGUAUAGCCAACAUAAAGAUAAAAUAAAACAUCCAUGCAAGGAAAAUAUUUCUAAUCAAAAAUCAAAUAUAAACAUGGAAGAGAAAUUUCAAAAUGUUGAUUUUAUAUGAUAUAGAAAUAAUGUCUAGGAAUGAUGUCCUAAAGCUGAUAUAAUUUUAAUCCAAAUACAGCCAAUUACGAAAUUUUUAACUUAUAAACUGUAAAUUUGUAGUUAUUUCACAGUAGCUAGAAUAAUUAAUCAAGAAAAAUGCCUCCAAAGAAGAAAAAAUCAACAACAAACCCUGCUGUAGUGGGUACUGUGUCCACUAGAUCAACAAGAAGGCAAAGCAUUGUAAAUAUUGAUAUUCCAAAAUUAAGUAGAUCAAAUAAGUCAGCACCCAAAGCUAUAAAGGGAUCAAAAAAAGUCGAAACCAAUGUUAAGGCACCAGAAACUGAUCAAUUUAGUGACAAAAUAAAACAGUCUUUUUUAAAGGUGAUUCCGAAAAAUGAAAAAAAGGCACAACCCACAGUAAAGAGUUCACACUCUUCUGAUAAGGAUAAGAAAGCUUUACUAGAAAUAUUACAGGAUUGGGAUGAUAAUGAUGGAGAACAGGAUGAAUCAUCAGAGAAUAGCUUUAGCAAUGAAAUUUUAACUAGAAGAUUUAAUUUAGAUGUAGUUCAAAGCAAACCUAGUCAAAAGUAUUCAAAUACUGACCAGAUUGAAUUGACUUUAUCUAAUUUGCAGACUGAACAUAAAGAUAAUGAAAGUACAUCUCUUCAAACAACAAAUGAUCCAAUAAAAACAGUGGAAUCUACAGACGAGAGUUCCAAAGAGAGUGAAAUGGGAGUCAAAGCAGACCAAUAUCAAAUUGAAUCUGUCCAGGAUAUAAACCUUGAAAUAUCUAAAGAUGAGACCUCAGCCUCGACUGGACCAGAAAAAGAAGAGUUCAUAAUAGAAGAACAAGCUUCGAUUCCGUUUGCAGAUGAUAUGAUCGUGGAUGAGCAACCACUUGAAAAACCGGACAUCUUAGAAUCCGAUAGUAACUCUCAAAUAUCAUCUACAAAAAAUUCGUCUGAAGUUAAUAUCAAUGAUACUGAAAUUUCAGAAGAAAAUGCUAGAUUUGCAGAAGAUCAAGCUGAAUUAUCUGACGCGAAUCAACCAGAAAGUAUUGACAGUUUGACUAAUAAAUAUGAAGAGAGCAGCUUGCCCGCCAGUAAUGAGCAAAGUGCUGAUAUGGAAUAUACAAUAGAGGAGCCUAUGAAAGCUGAAGAAAAUUUAAGUGAUGAUAUAAGCAAUUUAGAGCUACAAACUGAAGGAACGGAAGGAUCUAAUAGCAUGGAUGCAAAAGUCGAGGAAAACGCCGAAUUAUUUAUAGAAAACAAUAAAAUAGAAGAAGAAACUAGUCUUCCGUCAUUUGUGGAGGAUGCAAAAGUUGAAGAAAUUGUAGAUGUAGAACAUAGUAAAAUUGAAGAAGCAGAACAUAGAAGUGUACUGUUGGAUAAUGCAAGGGAUGAAGGAAAUAGUAAUAUAUCUUUCAUAGGGGAUAAUGCAAUGGAAGUAGAUAGUAGUAAUAUGUUUUUCAAUGAAGAUAAACAUACAGAUGAGCACAUUGAAGAAUGCGAAAAAAUGGACCAUAGUGAAAACGAGACUAGUAAAGUUGACGAAGAAAAUAAUUUAGAAAGCCGAAUAGCUGAUAUGAAAUUAGAGGAGAGCCAAGUAUCCGUACAUAAUAUAGUUACUAAGACGGAAAGUGAAAAAUCUAGCGAAAAUAGUUCGCCAAAAAAAGGCAAGUCUAAAGGAACAUUAGAAAUAGAAAGCAGUGAAGACAACAAAAAAAGUAGUUCUAAAAAUAAAAGUACAAGGAGUUCAUCGGAAGAUAAAAAUACGAAAUCACCUGAAGUUAAAGCUAAAACGCUGGUACCGAUUUCAUUAUUUCUUGAAGAUAUUGCCAAUAUUCCGGUACUUAAAAAUAAAAGAAAGCCCAGGUCAAGAUCUAAAACAAACGAACCGGUUUCACUUAAACCUGAAAGUAAACCAGUCACUAAACCAACAAAGGCCCAAACCGAUAAAGCUACUUUUAAAAUGAAAAAGGACACCAAACCAAAAGAGCCAAAAAGUAAGAAGACAACUCCUCAGAAAGAAAAAGAUGACAGUAAAGAAGCUGGUAAACUGGGAAAGGGCGACAAGAAAGUCGCAAAAUGUGAAGAACCUGCUAAAAUCGGCAGUAAUAAAUCUGAAAGUGAAGCAGAUGAUGAAAAAGUGAGGAGAUCUUCGAGAAUCAAAUCCAUCAGUGUCCUUAAUAAGAAAACCACUGGCUGGGGCUUGGUUAAAUCAAAAUCAGAAUCCUCUGUGUUCGAAAGCGACGUUUCAGAUAGCAACUCCUUUCAAACUGAGUCAGAUAAGAGCACACCUACAGCAUCUCCCAAAGUAAAUUCAAAGGACCGCAAAUGGAAGCCUUUUUCGGACACUCAGUCUCCUACCAUCAAGUCAGAUAAUAAGGUCAUGAUGCCGUUCAAAUCUGCCGUAGAUCUCAACAAAAGACCUCAUAAAGAUCCCGUGGUAGAAGGCAGGCUGAAGCAGUUCGUGCAUCUCAAAGAGAAUCAAUACAGGACCGAUAGGAUGGUUUGCAAGGAAGCUAAAAAAAUGGUUUGUGAUUGUUUUUUAACUUCCGAAGAGCUACUUGCUAACGAGUACGGAUGCGGGGAAGAUUGUCUGAAUAGGUUGCUAUUAAUCGAGUGCGGAAGUUUAUGUGUUGUUGGAGACAGGUGCACAAACAAAAGAUUCCAGAAAAAUGCUUUUGCUCCUGUCGAAGUCUUCAAUACCGACAAGAAAGGUCUGGGACUUAGAGCUGCAGCUAAUAUUCCCUUCGGUGAAUUUAUAUUGGAAUACGUGGGAGAGGUCUUGGACAGUGAUGAAUUUGACAAAAGGGCUGAAGUUUAUUCUCAGGAUAAAAAUAUUCAUUACUAUUUUAUGGCUUUGCGAGCUGACGCCAUCAUCGAUGCCACCAUGAAAGGAAACAUCUCCAGGUUUAUCAAUCACUCCUGCGAUCCAAAUGCGGAAACACAGAAGUGGACUGUUAACGGUGAGUUGAGGAUUGGGUUUUUUAGUACCAGGACGGUCUUGGCAGGCGAGGAAAUCACUUUUGAUUAUCGGUUCCAAAGAUAUGGCAAAGAAGCCCAAAAAUGCUAUUGUGGCGCAGGUAUUUGCCGAGGUUGGCUUGGCGAACAACCAGAUUCUGAUGAAGAAGAGGAAGAAGAGGAGGAGGAGGAAGAAGAAGAAGUUGAAGAAGCUAAACCAAUUCUACCUGAGCUUCCUCUACCAGAUAAAACCGGAAUAUUGGAAAUACCUGUUCCAGCAGAAGUUAAAGACGAAGAAAAAGUGGAAGGUGUUCCGGAAAUUCCGAAAGAUAAUGAAGCCGCCAGUAUACAAGAAACUCCUCAAAUUGUUACAGAGAUCAAGCCAAAACCUGCCAAGAAAAAACUCCAGAAGAAGAAACCGAGAAUUGAAAUGUUCGAAGAAGUAGAUCACUUAAAUGAAGAAAUAGAGAUGUUGGUUACCACUGGAUUGAAAAAUCAAGCUCAUACUCUCAAAUUGAGCAGAUUGAUGGUGCGAUCUAAAGAACCUCAACAGAGAGCGAAACUCUUACGUGUUUUGCGAAGAGGAGAGCUACCUUGUAGGAGGUUGUUCUUGGAUUAUCACGGUCUUCGUUUAAUGCAUGGAUACAUGAUCGAUGCUCAGCAGUUGGUAUUAACAAACAAACAAUUUGAAUCAUUGAGAUUGGAAAUGCUUCAAACACUAGCAGUACUGCCCAUUCCUAAUAAAUCGAUGCUUCAAGAUAGCAAAGUUAUUUCUACUGUAGAAAAAUGGGCCACCAGUAAGUCUUUAACUUCGCCGCUCGAUUCCGAAAGCAACUCACCAAAAACAGAAACGGACUCUAACGGUAAACAAGAAAUCAAAGUGCCAGUGAAAGAUGAAUUGGUUUCGGACAAGACCAUCCAAGAUCAAGAGGAAGAAAUCAAAUUCUUAGCCAGCAAACUCUUGGAGGAGUGGAAGAAUCUGAAAGAAGUUUUUAGGAUACCGAAGAAAGAGCGUAUAGAGCAAAUGAAAGAGCACGAAAGGGAAGCUAAUAAGAAAUAUAAUAUGCAGACCAGCCAUAACACUUAUGGUGGUGACGAAGAUAAGGACAGGAAAGCCGAUAGAUAUCGGGGACUUUCAAAAAAUAAAUUCGAAAGAGAUUUGCACAAGAAACCACCAAAACCUGGCGAUAAGCCAAGCGCAGAAUAUCUAAAAUUAAGUAAGUCGGAGCGAAGAAAGCUGUUUGCGUUACAACAUGAGAUAAAAGAAGAAGAGCGGAAACUGAAACAAAGAGAAAUGUGGAGGGAACAUGAAAUGAACUGUAUGAUGAUAGGAGCUGAUCCCAGAUUCACCGCACCGUUCGAUCCCAACAGAGGGUAUCAAUUGAUAUGGAAUCCACAGAUUGGUCAGUGGCAAAACUGUCCAAUACCGACAAAUCUUCGGAUAUAUCCACCACAACCACCUCCGCCGCAGAUGCCAGCAAUGCACGUCCCACCGCCGUCGGUUCACCCAUACGGAAAAACAUUACCUACGUAUCCUCCAUACCCGUCUCCGCAAGGAAAUCCCGUCAACAUGGGAAACAAUCCACCGCCAUUACAGCAGAUUCCUCUGCAGUUGCCUCCACAUCAGUUGCCGCCGAAUACACUGCCAAGUCAUUUACCUCUGCAACAAACAAUGCCGCUGAAUCAAAUUCAAAGUCAUAUACCACUACCGCAAACUGGGUUGCCAGCACAGUUACCGCCAUUGCCCGGAGGUAUGCCACCUUUACCAACGACGACCAUGCCGCCGCUGCCUCAACUACCACCGAUCGGUCAGCCAAUGGAAGAGGAUCCAUCUCAAGUCAAAUUCGCCGGACCUAUUCCUCCCCCGGUGAAAUUACCCCGGAAGUGGAAGUGUGCCAAAGACAAGUAUGGCAGGCCGUACUACUAUCACAUCAAGAUUAGGAAAAGUCAAUGGGAACCCCCGCCCCUCGAUCCACCUGAAGAAGCUAUGGAGUGUUUUGCAGAUCCAAAAGCUUCAGACUCGGAAUCCAGUUCAGACACAAGUUCGGUCAGUUCGGAUUCCAGCUCAGAAAAUUCUGACAGCGACGACGAGGUGGACGACACCAAGUUGCUGCUAGAAGUUCGCAGGCAAAUGGAACAUCUGCCGCAGAUAAAACCUCCUGCUUUGCAACAGGACGACAGUCCGCAAGCAACUCCGAGUCCGGAUGGCGAAAAGCCCUACGAAAGAGAGUUCAACGUCGAUGAAAUCAUACGCAGAAGUUUGGCGGCGGAUGAUGAGGUGAAACGGCCUUCGACCCUAGACAUGAGACUGAAAGAACUUGAACUGUUUAAAGAUGAUCAUCCUUCGAGGAAAAAACGAAGACCUGCGUUGUGCGAAGAAAUAAUUAUUAGUCCAAGAACUGAAGAGGACAAACGACAAUUUAAAGAAGACAUCAAAAGGUACAAAGCCAAUAAGGAAAAGUUAAAACGGCAAAAAGAGAAGAUCCUACUGCAAACUAAAAAACAAUUACGAGAAAUAGAAAUCAAGAAAACCAGAGAAAAGCGCCCCAAGACGACGGUGAAGGUUAAAUUGAAAGAAAAGCCCGAUUUUAAUAGCGAGGCCGCGAAGAAAAUCAAAGAGACUUUCAAGGUGAAUAUGGCUUCGACUGUGGUAAAUGCUUUAAACGUCUACAGGAAGCCUGAUUGUACAGAAGGAAGAAUUACCAAUACCCAGGACUUUAAACAUUUAGCAAGAAAGUUAACCCAUUUCGUCAUGCUGAAGGAGAUAAAACACUUGAUGAAGAUUGAGGACUUAACUUGCACGGAUAGCGUCAAAAUGAAGGCCCGCGAAUUUAUCAGAAAGUACAUGAGCAAAUUUGGUGAGGUUUAUGUCAAACGAAUCGACUCACCCGAGUUUAAAGACUAAACUGUGGUCUGUGAUCAAAUGGCAAUUCAGUUCUAACUUGGUAAUUUGUAAAGGUGUACUUCAAAAUUAGUGAAAUGUACAAAUUAAAGACAUUGGCAAAUUAGUUUAUAUCUUGAUAGUCCAUGUGGUGAGACCGCUCCUGUCUGAAAAAAUUUCUGAUUCGGUUUCUUUGUGGAUUCCUAUUCAAAAAUUCCCCCUUUACACAAAUCUGAAGGGUGCCGGGCAGAAUUUUUGGACAGAAAUUGUUUAAACAAUUUUUUUUUAAACAAAUACAAAAGAUCACGUUUUUUCGCUCUGGAACAUAUAUUUUUAGGGUUUUUGGAUCAUUCUAAAAAAGAAUCGUAUGUUGUAAUGUUUCUUAAAAAUUGAUAGUUUUCGAGUUAUAGGCGAUUUAAAAUCUGAAAAAUGCGAAAAUACGCAUUUUUGAUGCGUAAAAUAGUAUUUUUGAGGUUGCCAGAUACUUAAAUUGAAGAUUAAACAUUCAGCUUCAAGAUUCUGAAGAGUGAUCGCGUCUAACCUUAAUUAAUACCGUUGUUUUUUAAUUGUUAAAUAUGCGUGUUUAUCCGAUUUUUUCGCCGGUGCGGCGCCCUCUGUUUUAAAAAUCUCCUAUUUUCCUCCGAAAAAUAUUUUUUCUAGAUUAUUUCGGAUAUUCUAAAUAAAAUAAGUUUCCUGACAUUUUUCUCAAAAGUUAAUAGUUUUAAAGUUAUAAGCGAUUUAAAAUCCAAAAAAUGCCAAAAAACGCAUUUUUGGAUUUUAAAUCGCUUAUAACUUUAAAACUGUUAACUUUUGAGAAAAAUUUCAAGAAACUUAUUUUAUUUAGAAUGUCCCAAAGAAUCUAGAAAAAAUAUUUUUCGGAGGAAAAUUGGAGUGUUUUGAAAUAGAGCGCGCCGCACCGGCAAGAAAAUCGGAUGGACAUGCAUAUUUAACAAUUAAAAAACAACGGUUUAAAUUAAGGUUAGACGCAAUCAGAAUCUUGAAGCUCAAUGUUUAAGCUUCAAUAUAAGUAUGGCAACCUCAAAAAUACUAAUUUAAAUAUGAGUUUUUAGGCCUCGAAAAUGAGUAUUUUCGCAUUUUUCAGAUUUUAAAUCGCCCAUAACUCGAAAACUAUCAAUUCUUGAGAAAAUUUACAAGAUACCUUUCUUGUUUAGAAUGACCCACAAAAUUUAAAAAUAUAUGUUCCCGAGCAAAAAAACGUGAUCUUUUGUAUUUGUUUAAAAAAUUGUUUAAACAAUUUCUGCCCGGCACCCUUCAGAUUUCUUUAAAGGGGACAUUUUUGAAUAGUAAUCCACAAAGAAACCGAAUCAGAAAUUUUUCCAGACGGGAGCGGUCUCACCACAUGGACUGUGAGCAUUACCAUUGUUUAAAAAAGAAUAGUUUGUCAACGCAAUGAAUGAAUUUGCUUGAUUCUAAUUGAGACAGUCACCGGAUGUCACCCCAUUUCUGUCAGGGUUGCAAUGUCACGCGUAACUACGAUAAAUCCAAAAUGCAUAGACGCCAAGUUGGAUACGACCCUAUUCAUAACACACCAACUCACAUACAUAUUAAGAAAAAUAAAUAUAUGGAAGAAUAUAUUUAGAAAUUGAAUUAAUGAUGUCAUGAUAUUUAUACAUUAUCUAUACAUACAGUGUGGUGGAAUAAGUGUUGCCCCCCCCCCUGUUAACUUGUUUAUUUUAAGAAUAUAAGCAAAACGCUCGGACAGGUCGAUUUUUAAACUAAUCAUAGUAUAUUAUAGCAUCAACGUUUCGAACUUUACGCGAUUCCUCUUCAAGUGACAGCCAUAACUUUGAUUUUUUUAAAUGGGAAAGUACAUCAUGGCACACCUCAUUUAAACGCUCUUAAAAUACUGAGUUCAAAAAUCUAUAAUACUUUAAUCCUGUUUGAGAGCGUAAACGAAAAAUUUCGGUCGAAUUCUUUCUAAAAUUUUUUCGAAUCCUGAAAAAACCAAUAAAUAUUUUUGAAAAAUUUAAACGCAGAAUAAAAUAUUACAGUAUUCUCGAUGGUCCAAAGUCCCUGAGAACUGCUAUAAUGUUUAUUUUAAUAAGUCACAGUGGUGAAAAAAAGAGAAAAUUUAGUGUGAUUUUUAAUUUCAAAUAUAUCAUUCAAAAGAAACUUUUUGUUUAUUCUAAGGGACUGUCAGCCCUCGGUAAUAAUCUAAUUUUUCAUUCUGCGUUUAAAUUUUUCAAAAAUACUUAUUAGUUUUCUCAGAAUUCGAAAAAAAGAAAUGCGUUUAAAAAGAGUUCGACUGAAAUUUUGGGCCUGCGAUCUCAAAAAGGAUUAAAGUAUUAUACAUUUUUGAAAUGAGGUGUCACAUGAUGUACUUUACCAUUUAAAAAAAUCAAAGUUAUGGCUGUCACCUGAAGAGGGAUCGCGUUAAGUUCGAAACGUUGAUGCUAUAAUAUACUAUGUAAACUUGAAUACUAUGGUUAGUUUAAAAAUCGACCUGUCCGAGCGUUUUGAUUAUAUUUUUAAAAUAAACAAGUUAACAGGGGGGCAACACUUAUUCCACCGCACUGUAUAAUAGCAUGACAUCAUUAAUUCAAUUUCUAAAUAUAUUCUUCCAUAUACUUAUUUUUCUUAAUAUGUGUGCGAGUUGGUGUUUUAUGAAUAGGAUCGUAUCCAACUUGGAGUCUAUGCGUUUUGGAUUUAUCGUAGUUACGCGUGACACUGCAACCCUGACAGAAAUGAGGUGACAUCCGGUGACUGUCUCUAUUAGAAUCAAGCAAAUUCAUUAAUUGCGUUGACAAACUAUUUUUUUUUUUAAAGAAUGGCAUUACAUUGUAGACUGGUUCUUCUUUAAUUGAGGGUUAAUUGUGUUCUUGGUCCUCAGUUGAUCGUAAUGUCAAAUUUUCGCGCCACCUUUUGUGUUGUUGGCCUUAAACUUUUCUGUUCUGUAAAACCUGGUUUUUAGUACUCUCUCUCCACUUUUUAAAUUCUUCAAUUAGUGUAGUAGAAGAGUGCGGUAUGCAGAUGUCUUGUGUAGCUUGUUUUUCGUCUCAGAGUUCAAACAAAAUUGCAUCGAAUUUUUCAUUUGUUAUAUAUUUUCAAUUUAUAUAUUUGUUAUAUAUGUUCAGUAACGUUUGAAAUAUCCACAUUUAGGACGCUUCCAAUGUUUAUGUCACGAUUUUUCAAGGUUCAUAUUUUUACUUAUAAUACGGUAGAAUCAAUACAAUACGAGUGAGGAAAACCAAGUAAUAUCUAAUUGAAAAUACCUCUAUUGUUUUUCAAAAUAUUCUCCAUUAUGACCUUUUACUAUUUUUUCCAUUGGUCAUAAGAUAACUCUUCGACAUAGUGUUCGAAUACAUCAGUGGCUUCUUCCCUAUUUAUUCUUAACGUUCGUGAAGUAAAAGACGUCAUUUGGUGUCAAAUUAGGACUUUAUACUAGACUUGUUUGUCUUCUUUAUUUCACCGAACUCUUCUUACCAAUAAAUGAUUAAUGAUUGUCCAUUUUACGUUGCCCUAAAGGCACUGAUGCCUGACCAGUUUGUCUGAUGCUUCUAAUGCGAAAAACAUCAUCUUGAAACAUCCAUUCUUUCUCAGAUGUAACCUGUUUAGGCUUUAUUGAUAUGAAAAACAUGACAUAAAUAUUAUACUGAGUGAUACUUUUUAACUUUUUACAUAGAAACUCAACGUUUCUGCGUUUUCUUUAAUAUUUGACCUAUUUUCUGUAUAGACAAGGCGAAAACGGCGGGUUCUUUGGAAGAAAUAUUCCCAUGAGAUCUUUUUGCAUAAUCACAUUCGUGAGACAUUCCAGAAGAAGAUUCAAGAAGUCGCCCACGCGAAAAGUGUUCCAAAUUUUUUUAACAAUUUUUUUUUAAUCAAAUUGCAAAAAUCAGUAUUUUUGGCCCGGACAAAUUUUUUUUAGGUUUUUUGGACUAUUCUGGAUAAAAAAAGGUUUCUUAUAAUUUUUCCCCAAAGUUGAUAGUUUUCGAGGUAAAAGCAUUUUAAAAUUGAAAAAAACGAAAAAUGGCGAUUUUCAAGGCUUAAUAACUCGGUUUAAAAGUUAUUACUAUGAAAGUCAGAAAGUGACUAAAUCAAAGUUUAAAGCCCCCCUACAAGAUCCUGUAGAAAUUUUUGUCAUUAUUUGAUUACUAAGCUGUUAUUUUUAAGUAAAAAUAAUGAGCGCCAUGCACGUAUUAGGCGGCCGUCCAUGAUGAGUGCGAAAGAGAUGCCAUGCAGGCAGUCCAAUGGCGUAUCUCACUCGCACUCACAUUUACAGCCGCGUCAAUACGAUCUUGCCGCUCAUUAUUAAUAAAUAAAAAUAACAGCUUAGUAAUAAAUUAAUGACACAAAUUUCUUCAGAAUCAUGAGGGGGGGCUUUAAAUUUGAUUUAGUCACUUUCUGACUUUCAUAAUAAUAAUCUUUAACCAAGUUAUUAAGUCUUAAACAUAGCCAUUUUCGCGUUUUUCAAAUUUUAAAUUGCUUAUAACUCGAACACGAUCAACUUUAGAGAAAAAUUAUAAGAAACCUUUUCUGUCCAGAAUGGUCCGAAAAAUGUAAAAAAAAUUGUCCGGGGCAAAAAUAUUGAUUUUUGCAAUUUGAUUAAAAAAAUUGUUAAAAAAAUUGAACUAUUUUUCACGUGGGCGACUUCUUGAACCUUAUUCUGGGGUGUCUCACGAAUGUGAUUAUGCAAAAAAAAUCACAUGGGAAUAUUUCUUCCAACGAACCCGCCGUUUUCGCCUUUUCUAGUAUGCUUUAUAUUUGAAUAAGGAGAAUGUGUUUAUAUAAUUCGAUGGUCUUAAAUUUAUAUUAUGCUUUUGGUUUUCUUUGGAUAAUUUAGUAGAUAUCCACUGUUUAUUACCUUAUUUAAGUUAUUGUAAUAAAUGUACAUAUUAAUGUAUUAUCAAACCAUUUGUACAAUUAAACAUAAUGAUUUGUUA